ACAGACGCGGCGCGUGCUGCACGCAGAGAUGAGUCUCCAGACAGCAACGCAAAACUUCUGCUGACCACAAUUUUUUGCUUUCUUUGUAACAAAAAAUGACAAAUCCAGGAUUGUGCGAUCUCGCGCUGUCACUUUUGGGAUUGCUGCUGUCUUUGACCUGAGCGCUCGCGCACUUCAUUAGAGUUUAGUAGAGUCUAGUCUGAAGUGUUGCACAAGUAUGAACAAGAAGAGGCGACUUGAGCUGCGACGACUCUCUGUCGUGGGAUAAAAAAAAAAUCUCUUGUGGAUUAAAACACGAAUUCAUGAGGAACUUAAGAGACGACGGGAACGCAGACCGGCCACAGCGCUUCCUUCUCCGGAACUGACUGAUCAUGGUCGCCGUGGUCCGCGCUCUCACUGUGCUGUUGCUCGGUCAGGUGUUGCUGGGAGGUGCCGUUGGACUCAUUCCCGAGAUUGACCGACGGAAAUACAGUGAUUCGGGGAGACACACACCGGAGAGAACUGAUACAAACUUCCUGAACGAGUUUGAGCUACGCCUGCUCAAUAUGUUUGGACUGAAGCGAAAACCCACACCGAGCAAAUCGGCAGUGGUCCCUCAGUACAUGCUGGACUUGUAUUAUAUGCACUCUGAAAACGAUGAGCCGAACAUUCGGCGCCCGAGGAGCACUAUGGGAAAACAUGUGGAACGGGCAGCCAGCAGAGCAAACACGAUACGAAGUUUUCAUCACGAAGAGGCUUUCGAGGCACUGUCCAGCCUGAAAGGAAAAACAACGCAGCAGUUUUUCUUCAACCUUACCUCCAUUCCUGGCGAGGAGCUGAUCUCCGCUGCGGAGCUGCGCAUUUUCAGGGACCAAGUUCUCGGAGAUGCCAGUACAAGUGGCUUCCAUAGAAUUAACAUUUACGAGGUGUUCAGGCCAGCUUUGGCCCCCUCCAAAGAGCCUCUAACCAGACUUCUAGACACCCGUCUGGUGCAGGACUCUCACACGCGCUGGGAAAGCUUUGACGUGGGCUCGGCUGUGGCACGCUGGGCUCGCGAAUCCCAGCACAACCAUGGGCUCCUCGUGGAGGUGCUCCAUCCCAAGGAGUCGGAAGUAUCCGAGGAGGCCGAGAGCAACCGGAGGAAGCACGUGAGGGUCAGUCGUUCCCUUCACGCGGAUGAGGACUCAUGGGCACAAGCCCGACCUCUGCUGGUAACCUACAGCCAUGACGGUCAAGGCACAGCCGUCUUGCAUUCGAACCGAGAAAAGCGGCAGGCUCGACGAGGGCAAAAGCCACGGAGAAAGCACCACCAGCGCUCGAACUGUAGGCGACACGCUCUCUAUGUGGACUUUAGUGAUGUCGGCUGGAACGAGUGGAUCGUGGCGCCGCCAGGCUAUCAUGCUUUCUACUGCCACGGCGAGUGCCCGUUCCCUCUACCGGACCAUCUAAACUCCACCAACCAUGCCAUCGUCCAGACGCUGGUGAACUCGGUCAACUCCAACAUUCCCAAAGCCUGCUGCAUCCCAACGGAGCUCAGCCCCAUUUCACUGCUGUACCUGGACGAAUACGAGAAGGUCAUUCAAAACUACCAGGACAUGGUGGUGGAGGGCUGCGGGUGCCGAUGAGAACAAUCUCCCCAAUGAAGACUUUUAUUUAUACAAAAGAGCGAGCUAUUUUGGAGGAAGAAAAGAAUAUAUAUGAAUAUAUUUAUGUUGAAUGAACAAAACAAAACAAAAAAAAUGGGAAAAUAAAUAUUUUAAUGAGAGUGCUUACUUUUUCCAGUGGCUUUGAAGAUGAUUUUUUUCUUGCCUCAUGUUCAUUUCAAAAUAAGUGCAAUGGCACGUGAAGUAUAAUGCUCAGAUUUUUAUGAUGUAUUUAUUGCAUAACCACUUUAUUUGUAAAUGUGUAUUUAUCUUGAAAAAAUAUAUGAUCUUCAUUCAGUGUGCAUUUGGCAAUACCUUAUUUGAGACCAAAAAGAAUAAACAAUGGAUGAUGAA